AUGAGUCAAGCACCAAGUACCAAUGUUGAUCAAUCAACUCUCCGAGAGGAAAUACAAUUUGGCUUUGAUAAUUUGAUCGGUUCUGUUCAAUGUAAAUUACAAAAAGAUACAAAUACACUCUCCGUGCAAUUAAAGGAAGCUGCUACCGGAAGAAUUUGGAAAUUAAAUAUUACACCAGAAGUUGCAAACGAAAUUAGUAAACAAGGAACAAAAUUAAGCGUAGAUGCUAUUUAUCAAAUGAUUACCAAUGCUUUCAAAGGAGAGGAAAAGACCCUUUCUAUUGAAUUAUUUUUCACUCCACAAGCUUAUCCUUUGAGCACUCCUGUUGCCGAGAUGAAGGAUGUCACUUCUGCUUUGAGCGAAGUAUUAAGUGAAAAAUGCUCUCUUGUUGUUGAUAUUUCGUUGAAGGCUGUUUUCUUGACUGUUAAAGUUGCUUUUAUUCUUGAUGAAUCAGAUAGAAAUGAAAAGGUCAUGAUUGAGGAAUUACUUCGUAAAAACUUCUAUUUUGGACAAGUUAUCCAAAAACUUGAACUCAAGAACACAUUGUUAGAACACAAAUACUUGUUACAAAGCAAUCAAAUCACAGAAUUGGAAAAUAGAAUUACUGAACUUACCCAACUUAUUAUUCAAACAUUGCAAUUGCAAAAAUUGAGAAAUUUAGAAGCUCUUGUUGCUGAACAACCAAACAUGAUUGAAGAAGAAUCUAGAUCAGAAGAGCCUAUGGAUCAAAUAGAUCAAUUUUGUGAAGCUUGCAACCCUAACUGUCUAAUUUCACAAGAUAAGAAACAUUUGGAAGCAAAAGAGACAGCUUGGGGUACUACCUGCAGAUUGAGUAAUUAUGUUUCCAUACAUAAUAAUUAUAUUGAAUUCAAAAUAGAGAAAAUGACUGAGGAAUGUGUCAUGUUCUUUGGUGUUAUUACUGAAGAAUAUGAUAGUAUUAUUGCUACUGACAAUAAUGUAAUAGGAUCUAGCCAAUAUGUUGAUUCAUUUGCUCUAUCAUUGACUGAUAAGAAAUUGUACACAGGAGGCAGAUCUGUUGAAGAAUUAGUUGCAGUUGAUUGGGAAGUUGGAGAUAAGGUAGGCAUGUUGGUUGACUUUAAACAUGCAUCUCUCAAUUACUUUAAGAAUGGCAAGUUAAUCGCCCAAGCAUUCAAGGGAUUAAUUGAUGAAAAUAAGAGAUGGUACUUUGGUGUGAGUUUGUGUAAACAAGGUGAUGCCAUUUCAAUUGCUCCAAAGGAUGAUUAA